ACAGUAGCAGGAUUUAAUUGAUUAACAAUUGGCUGGAUUAACAAUUGAUGCACCUCAAGGUGAAUGAUUUCAUUGCUGAAUAAAUAAGGACACAUGACCACAAAAAUUUCAAUAUUUUGGCUGGAAAUACAGCGGUCUCAUAAGCAUACACCGUCAUCUGACCGUGCCCGCCGCUGCCGGUGAAAGCGUCCCGGCUCGCCACCGUUCCGCCCCGCCUCGACCACCGAUGUCCAGCUGACCGUCAUGCUAACCGGUGAGAGCGUCCCACUGCCGACCGCUGCGGCUGCACUCACGGUACGUCAGUGCAUCCGGCGCGUGCAACGAAACAGGACGGUGAGCCGUCCGCCAGACUGGAAGGUACAGCCGUGAGCCGAUCGACACCUGACGGGAACGACUAACGGCGGGCUGGCUCGUCGUGACCCGGGGCGUACCGGUCGCCGGACUCGGGUAAACUGCGGGGUUCUGCCGCCGUGAGGACCGAGGGGCGAUGAGCCGGCGGUGGACGGCAGCACUGGCCGGGUGGCCGACCCUGGCCCUGACUUUGUGGGUGACGGUGGUCAGCGGUCAGGUCAAACUGUCGGGAAGGUGUCCCUACAUCCCGGCACUACGACCGUUCGACACAUACCGGUUUCUGGGCAAGUGGUUCGAGGCGGAGCGGUUUUUCGUCAGCUACGAGUCGCUGGCGGGUCGGUGCUGGGGGGAGCGAUACGUCCUUUUGGGUGGCCGAGUCAGCACCCUACUGGAGUGGCGACUGGCGCUGCUGGGCACCCCUGUGUCGAUUCGACAGCUGCUGGGUAACCCGGAUCCCCGCGAUAAGGCGCGGUUCUCCUACGUCGUCGCACGGCCAAACGUGCCCUUUCUGCGAGGCGAGUACAAAAUAUUAGCCACUGAUUACAAGAAUUAUGCGAUCGCCUGGCAAUGCGAGAAUAAAAAACUCAGCAACAGCCACACAGAGAUCGGGUGGCUGCUGACCCGCUCCCGCCACCCGAGCUACGAGGUGAUCCACGCGGCCAAAGCGGCGGCGCUGGCGGCGGGGCUGGACGUGAGGCACUUUCAGAAACAAGACCGGCGAGGGUGUCAUCCGCUGUGACCAUACGCUCAACAUCCCACCGGGACCAGCUAAUGAUACUCACGAAUGAAUAAUAAUAAUAAUAAUAUAUGUAAUGCAUGUUUAAAC